AUGUCCGUAUGGGAUGAACAAAAUAUAUCAUCAUCAGAGAAUCUUAAUAAAAAUGUUCCUACGAAUUCACAAUCUGCUUUAACAUAUUAUGCAUCAAAACUUGGUUUAAAAAAUAAUUUCAGACAAGUUACACCUGUAGUUAGUUUACAAAGAAGAUUAACAAAUGUAUUUUCACCAAAAGAUACUCCCGCUACGUUUACUAAUUCACCUAUAGUCCGUUCAGAAGAAUGGCCAAAUGAUGAAUAUAUUAGAUCAAAUAGAACUCGUCGAUCAUCACAAUGGAAAUCAUAUACAACAUCAGUAAGAUGUCGAUUUACUGCAUUUGGUUUUAUAUUGGGACUCUUAUUAGGUUUGGCUGCUUUAAUUCCAAUUAUUAUCAUGUGGCAAACUUCUGCUUCACAAACAAAUUCAAAUACAGCUGUGUCUAGUUCGGUAUCGGCAACAUCAUUUCUUACAGCUUCGAUUUUUUUUGACUCAUGCAGUAUUUAUUAUUGUGCAGAAGGAGUUAACUUUACUACAAAUAUGACAUUAACAGCACUUUCAUUAACUAUAACAAUUCAACUAACAGAAAAUCCAACAUUACAAGGUCCUUAUGAUACCAUUAAUCCAUCUAUUAUGUCCUCCAAUUGUACAACGAGUACUAACUCGAUAGUUUGUACAUUUUUAAUUCAAGGUGUACAAUUACCAGCAGGAAGUUAUGGAUGUGCUGUUAAACUUGAUCUUCCAAGUGUAAAUCGUAUCACAAGUGCUGAUACAUAUUCAGUUACAGCAACUAAUACAUGUGGAACUGUUUCUUCAGCAUCAGGAAGCUUUUAA